AGAUCCCUAUUUAGGCCAACAAUUAGUGUUGGGGAGUUGGGGGUCGGUCGGGUCUCGUUUUUGAGGGAGUAGAAAAAGUUUUUUUUCAUUUCGCAUCCUGGAAAGAACAUGGCCGCGAUGUCUCCGGGGGAUAAACUAUUAAGUGGUGCUACCCGCAAACUGGGUUUGGGCCAUUUGAAAAUGGCCAAAUUCAUGUUUCUAAUCAUAUCAGCUAUUGUUUGUGUUAUAAUCUUCUAUGCCAAUACACAGUCUUCGGUAAUUGGCAGAAGGUCUCUGUUUGCCUUAUUCCUGACCACCAAAGACCACAGAGAUGAGGAACACACAGCAGCGGCGGCAGCAGCAGCAUAUAAUAAUGAGAAUAUAGGAGCUGCCCUAGAUGCGGAUCUAAUGAUGAAUGUGCCUCCCCAGGUGGUGGAGGAGGGGGAGGCGGAGGAUGAUGAGGACACAACACUGUCCCUAAAUGGGGGCCGCCGAAGGCGCAAGGGACAAGGUGCUUUUGCAACAACAACGCGUCGACCUCGAAAAUCGCUAAUUAUGAAAUCGGUGCUACUGAAACCUCCCACAAUGCGCAAUUCUACAGUGCAGAUUUAUAAUUUGGCCUCCAAUGGACCAGCUGGUAGUGGUGGAGGGGCUGGCUCUGGCCUAGCCACCAACUCCGAUUACAACAUCUUUGUCAUCUAUACCAAGGAGAACUAUCAGCUGCAUGUGAAAUUCGAGCUAUUCGCCCGCUCUAUGCUGAAGUAUGCCAACUCGGGAGUGCUGCUGCACCUGCAUGUGCUGACCGACGAGACCAGUGGCCAUUCGGUGGAACAAAUCCUGCAGGCCGAGAUUACGCGUUACAGACGUUCCCUUAUCUACAGCCUAUACAGCAUGCAUUUAUGUGCCGAGCAGGUGAUGGACAUCGUUAAUACUAUGACGCCUUACUUUAGCUCUACACCCAAAUCCUAUUACAGUGAUGCUCUUUUCUUCCUAUCGUUAGGUUUACAUCGCAUAGCCGAUGAAAAUAUGGAACGUGCAAUAUUACUUGAUUGUGACAUAGUCUUCCGUACCGAUGUGCGUCUCUUAUUUAAUGAGUUCGAGAGAUUUGCGCCCGAUCACUUGUAUGGCUUGGCGCCCGAAUUGACACCCGUAUAUCGCCACAUAUUGUAUCGAUAUCGUGCCACCUAUCCCAAUACGGACUUUGGAAGUCCCUUCUACUUGCCACAGCCACCGAUCAUUUCGCAGGCAGCUAAUGAACUGCAUAAUAGCAUGGUUUCCGAGGAAUCACCUCUGAUGCUCCACAAUAGCCCACACAAAUUACGCAAGCUUGAGAGGCAUGGCUCCAAGCAUGGCUAUCCGGGCUUGAAUUCUGGUGUAGUAUUACUUCAUUUGCAACGUAUACGUAAAUCGCAUUUAUAUCAUCAUCAAUUGCAAGAUGCGGAGGUGCGCAAGCUCUCCUCCAAAUAUAUGUUCAAGGGUCAUUUGGGCGAUCAGGAUUUCUUUACCCUGCUGGGCUAUGAAUUUCCCAAUUUAAUAUAUCGUUUGGAUUGUGUCUGGAAUCGUCAGUUGUGUACUUGGUGGAAGGAUCAUGGCUACAGUGAUGUCUUUGACAAAUACUUUACCUGUAAGGGACGUAUUAAAAUGUACCAUGGCAAUUGUAAUGCCCGGGUCCCGGAAUAAGUAAUAGAAGGAGGCAUGGCAAGUGAAGUGUGAGUUUCUAUUCAACUUUUUUUUUAAUGACGCCUUACAUUUCCUUACUCCCACACUGUGGGGGUGGAGGGACUUUUUCAAACGGCCAUGUAGAAAAUCAGGCAGUAAAGAAAAUCGUUCAUAUCACCACAUAAUAUGGACUAUUCCUGGGACCUUUCUUUGUUACUUAGCAUAACAACAUUCCAAAAGUCGAUUGCAAGAGCCACCAACCACACUCAUCCAACACUUUCGCAAUUAUAGCUCGUAUCAAACGUGUUCAUUUCAAAGACCACAACAAGGAAUAAUGACAAGAACAAAAACAAAAACAUCCAAUGAUCUAAAGACAAUGAAAUCGAAUCAAUAAUUAAAAAUAGCCUUUAGCCCGUAGUUAGUUAGGUGUUAAAAUAUACUUACCAUACUCUUGACUCACUUCGCUCCACUCACCACAAACGACUUGCAGACGAUGAAAGACAUGAGAAAAAACACCCCUCAUCCACCAUACAACCUCGUUUCCUCAUUUUCUCAAAGAAAAACAAAAACUAAAAUCAAAUUUUGAACUUUCGAAUAUCGUUAAAAUACCGUUAAUGUAUUUUUAGUGUUUAGUAUCAUUACUCACCCAUUCAUUCUCUCACCAAUUCCACUAUUAUUUUGUGAUAUCGCUCAUUAUCUAUACCUAUUCGACAAAACAAACAGAAAAAAAAAUAAAAAAAAACAGAAAUUUUAAAUUUUCAUAAUCACCAUAAAAAAUAUACACAUAUUACAAAAAUACAUAUAAAACGCAAUUUGAAAAUUUUCUUCUAAAACGUACAUACGUGCAUAAAUUCAUACAUACAUACAUAUUUAUCUACAUACUACAAUACAGUACAUACUAUAUGACAUAUAACAAAAACAACCAACAACCACUUACACGAAAUUUAAGUAGUUUAUAUUAUCUCGAUAUAAAAGAAAAACACGGUGCAUAAUUAUUAUGUACAUUAAAAACUUAAUUUAAACGAAUAAAAAUAAAAACCAAAAAUAUUUAAAAAU